CAGUGGCAACCGUCAAAAAAUGCCGGUUUCCACACUUACGUUUUAGGCUGUUGUCGGUGUAAAUUCGUGUGUCAAAAAUUUCGGGUUAUGCCCAGACAUUUCCCCUCGAAAUCCGAUUAUAGACGCUAUGUGAAAAAAUGUCAAGAUCGGGCGAGAAUACUCACAAGUCGAGUCAAAGGAAACAGCUGUGUUUUAUCACGUCCGAAGUUUCAUCCAAAAAUUGACACCGAAAAAGUUUACUUUAACAACAAGUAUCGAAAUGUGCCUAAAUCUUAUCAAAAUUUGGUAACAAUGGAUGAAUAUUGUGGCCGUUCACAGGACGAAUGGCGAUGGUUGCACUACCAAGGGAUGAAAGUGAGCAGAAGUUUUUCCAAAAUUUGUCAAAAUUUGCAACGUACUAGAAUUUCAAACGAUGCACAGGAGAAGGCUAAUUUAGCAACGAUUUCGGAGCCUUUUGGGCACAAUUCGGCUUAUGCUAAUCUGGAUCCUCGUCAAGGGAAUCUCAAUUUGGACUUUUUUGACUCGAAUGUGCUACAGUUCUCCGAAAAUGGGCUGAUUAACAGUUUUUUGGACUUUAUUGUGAAAGGCUCGUGACUGCAUUUUUUACUAAUAUACCGUCAUAUUUCAA